AUGGGACAAUCUUCCUCAGUUAGUUCCAGGAAUGAAGAAGGUUCCUCUAGUUCAAAAAAAUUCACAAAUAACAGGGAUGUUUUAUCAUACUUCAACAAUAAAGCUCAGCAACAAGUCACUAUACCAGAAUUGGUUAGCUUUAAGGGGAACUUGCAAAUUGAAAAUCUGAAUACUCCAAUUUCCCACAAACCCUUAUUUAAUGUACUUCAUUUUCCACCAAAUCAUACUAUAGUCGUGGGAAUAGUGACCAACAUGCUAAGGGUGUUGAGCAAUUUCCCUCUAAUAAACUCAUCUUAUGAACCGAUUACAGGAUUCGGGCUAUUAAAGUGUAUUUUAUUGCUAAACAGAACACGAUGUGAAAAAUUUUUAAAAAUCAAAUCAUAUGAUCAAUUAAAACUACUGUUUAUCUCCUUAUCACUUCAGAAAACUGAUAAAGAGGAACUGUCCGAGGAAAAUGAAGAGAAUAUUAACAGGGAGAGACACGUAAAACAAAUCAUAACAGACUUUGAUGAUGUUGACACCGAAAUGUUGUGUCUUCCCGCAGACUUUAUGCUUCAGUUCCUCAGUUGGCUUUUAAUUCUGAGUGUUAAAUUCCCUACCACCAAUUCCAAGACAGAUAAUGAUAAAACCUAUGAACAAUGGGAUACUUUCAAAAUCUCAGCCAUGAACCUCCUUAGAACCAUGAAUCCAGAUGUGGUAAGCAACGUAGAAUCACAUUUCAUAACAUUUGAACAGUUUUCGACUGCAAUAAGAACUGUAAUGCCCAACUUGUUUAAACCGUUGGAAAAUUUAAUGGAACACUUUUUUUAUCUGGAUAACGAUUUAGUUAGUCGCGAUGCCAACUUAUCAAGUAUCCAGGACUCCAGAAUAAUGACCCCAGCGCUAUUAGCACAAUUAUCUACAGGACUACCAAAGGAAUUAUUCAUUCAGAAGUUACAAAGUCUAUAUAUUGGUAGGAAAAGUGGUUUUUCAAUGAGGUCGUUGCAGGCGAAGGUUUUCAAAUGGAUGGCUCCUUCAAUCUUGGUCGUAAGUGGGAUGAGGAUUACAAAUUCAGAUGAAUAUGCCGCUGAGAAGAAUCCAAGGUAUCGGCAUUUCCUUGACGAAUUUCCUAAGCUGAAAGAUUCAGAUCAAAAAAUGGAUGCGUCUCACUUGAGCAAAAAGAAAACUACGUUUGCUGUAUACAUAGACGAUCCAUGGAAAGUAACGAACAAAGACUACUUUGGCGACCUGAACACAAGAAUCAUACAAAUAUCGCCAAGGCAAGAUAUCUAUAAAGUCAAUCAAAAGGGUACAAUAUAUUUCAAUACAAUUGGUGGUGGAAUUGGAAUUGGAGAUAAGCAACCAUUCAUCAAAGCCGCAUCUAAGAGAUACAUACCGGGAAAUGUGUCAUUAACCUUUGACAGUACUUUAGAAUUUGCGGUGUUUAGGCACACGGGCUACGGAGGAUUAUUGGACCCUGGACUUUUAUCAAUGGAAAGAAAGGAGGAAAACUCCUUUUUUGAGCUGCAUUUUUUGAUUCAAGAUGUCGAAGUUUGGGGUUGUGGCGGUGAAAAGGAACUAGAAGAGCAGAUCAAACAAAUGGCAUGGGAAGAGGCGGAAUCUAAGAGAAGACAACAGAUUAAUUUUAGAAGCUUAGGAGAAGACCGUGCCUUGUUGGAAAUGGCAGGUAUAAUUGGCCAACACCAGGGUGGUGGUUCAAUGUGA